CAGCUCUCCUUUCUUAACCCACCAUACACUUCUAAUCCAACGGUGAAUAACAUCUCUCAGAAAGCACAAAUUUUCACCCAACCAAUAUAUACCCCGAAAUUCAUAGUUCAUUCUCAUCGACUUUUUCAGAUUCAAAAUCCCAAAAUUCAAUCUAAAAAAUCCAAAUAAGAUGUCAGGAAGAGGAAAGGGAGGAAAAGGGUUGGGAAAGGGAGGAGCAAAACGACAUCGUAAGGUCCUCCGCGAUAACAUCCAGGGCAUCACCAAGCCCGCCAUCCGCCGGUUGGCUCGCAGAGGCGGUGUGAAGCGUAUCAGCGGUCUCAUUUAUGAGGAGACACGUGGCGUGUUGAAGAUCUUUUUGGAGAACGUCAUCCGUGACGCCGUCACUUACACGGAGCACGCUCGCCGGAAGACGGUCACCGCCAUGGAUGUCGUUUACGCCUUGAAACGCCAGGGCCGUACUCUCUAUGGUUUCGGUGGUUAAAUCAGAUUUUUAGGGUUUGCUUAUGCUGCAGUUGCUAUUAGUGUUUUUAGAUUCAGAUCUGGUUUUAGCUUUUGUGUGUAGUUAGUAUUAUGAUAUGUUUCUGUAACUGAAUAUUUUUCUCUAUAUCUAUUAUUUUCUUGUUUUAGAUUCAUAAUAUGAAAUAUGUGUUGCUUGAAAUUGGAAUUGAAAUAGGUUGUUUCAUUA